CUCACACACUCACAGCUGAGUGUCACUGCCUGCACACAGACACUCACCUCACACUCGCAACACACAAACCUACACAGAGGUUGACAUCUCACCAAACCCUGAAGUAAGACUAAAUCACGCACACGCACGCACACACACACACACACACACACACACACACACACACACACACACACACACACACACACACCAUCUGAGCCCCAGUCCUCACUGGCUGUCUCAAACUAGACACGGCACAGACCCCGACCCCUGCAGCAGCUCCUGGUCCGCUCCCAUUGGUGUGGUUCUGUUCCGGACCUACUGGUCAUUACUGCCACGGCGAUGUCCCUGUGGGUGCACGUACUGGCCUGUGCCUUCGGGCUGGGCUCAUGGGUGGCGGUCAACGGGCUGUGGGUGGAGCUUCCCCUGAUCGUGACUGUGCUGCCGGAGGGCUGGGAUCUGCCGUCGCACCUGACAGUCAUCAUCCAGCUGGCCAACUUGGGCCCGCUGCUGGUGACAAUGGCGCAUCGCCUGUGCCGGGGGCGCGUGCGGGAGAGUCCGGUGGUGUCCGGCGUGCUGGCGCUGGGCGUGCUGUCCUGCGUGCUCCUGGCCACGCUCUGGCGUCGCACCUCCUGGUUUCUCGGGCAAGAGCGCAGCACUGCCUUCUUCGCCCUCACCUUCUUCCUCGCCCUCCUCGACUGCACCUCCUCCGUCACCUUCCUGCCCUUCAUGAUGCAACUUCCUGCCAAGUACGUGACGUCCUACUUCAUCGGCGAGGGCCUGAGCGGGUUGGUGCCGGGCCUGGUGGCGUUGGCGCAGGGUGUGGGCAUGGCCCACUGCGUCAACGUCUCCCAGUCAUCCGCCAACGGCAGCGACCCCGGCUUCGCCAUCCAGACAGAGUACCUGCCGCCCAACUUCUCCACUGAGGUCUUCUUCGGCUUCCUGGCACUCAUGACGGCCGUCAGCCUGGCCGCCUUCGCCGCCCUGACCCGCGUACCACGCACCUACCAGCUGUCCACCGAGAACCUGGUGCCGGAGAGCGACUCGGUGCCGUCCGUGUGCUACGGCGUGGACGCCAAGGGCUCCGGCGGCGGUGAGGAGCGCGUGCAGAGUCGCCCCCUGCUGGCCAAGCCUGGCCACAGCGCGUCUCAGCUGGCCUUUAUCUACGGCAUGGUGGUGUGGGUGAACGGCGCUACCAACGGGCUGCUGCCCUCCGUGCAGACCUACUCCUGCAUGCCCUACGGGCACCUGGCCUACCACCUGUCUGCCGCCCUCGCCUCUGUGGCCAAUCCAGUCGCCUGCGUCAUCGCCAUGUUCCGUCCCAAACGGUCGCUGGUGUUUUUAGGGGUUCUGUGUUUCCUGGGCUCUGUGUUUGGGGGGUACAACAUGGCCAUGGCUGCCAUGAGCCCCUGCCCAUUGUUACAGGGCUCAGCGUUGGGGGAGGCCAUCAUCGUGAUGUCCUGGGUGCUGUUUACUGGCCUGCUGUCCUAUGUGAAGGUAAUGGUGGGGGUGAUCCUGCGAGACGAGAGCCACAGCGCCCUCGUGUGGUGUGGAGCUGCAGUGCAGGCUGGCUCCCUGCUGGGCUCGGUCACCAUGUUCCCACUGGUCAACAUCUACCACCUCUUCCAGGCUGGGGACGUCUGCAGCACCACCUGCCCCUCCUGAGCCACUGGCCUGGGCUGGGAAACAGCGCCCCCUGUGGCUUGGAGGCUAAUGUGCAGGACUGUGUGGGACGCUUCUUGCCCAGAGACACAGACAAUCUGAACUGCUGUGCUUCUCUAUCUUUAUCUUUAUUUAUUUGGCGGACGCUCUCAUCCAAAGCGACUGACCGAUACAAGUCAAGUAAUAUCAUGUCCAGACUCCUUGGACCAACUCGGGGUUAAGUGCCCUGCCCAAGGACACAACUCGGCAUUAAGUGCCCUGCCCAAGGACACCACAGUGGCACCUGGGAAUCAAACUCAUGACUUUUCAGGCCACUGUAGGCAAACCAGGCUCCUUGUCCACUACACUGCCAUACUGCAGACAAACUCUGCUCCUUGUCCAGUCCACUACCAUACAAACGACAGCUCACACACUGCACACACUCAACACACACUGCACACACUCAACACACUUAACACACAAUGCACACACA